UGUAAUUAUUCCAACACCUAUCGUUGAACAUUUCACAGCGGUACUACAAAUUCUCGCUCUGAAUCUCCAUUUUCCAUUCCCCAUCUUCCGUCUCGAUACCGCAAAGCAACAAUCUUUCAACAACAUUUUCUCCAAAACCAAUAGCAAAUCGAUCUAUCUCUCUCAAAAUUUCACAAAGACACGAUCAAAUUGAAGGUAUUAAAUGAAACCAUGGGAUUUGAUAAAGAGGCAAGUUCGUCUUCACGUGGGUUGCCGCCUUUUCCCAGAGAAGACACUCCACUCGUAGCCAAAGCAAAGCCACUUUCUUCACAAUCCAAGACCUUUGCAAACGUUUUUAUAGCCAUUGUUGGUGCUGGAGUUUUAGGCCUCCCUUACACCUUCAAAAAAACAGGAUGGAUCAUGGGCUCGCUCAUGCUCUUCUCUGUUGCAGCUUUGACCUAUUACUGUAUGAUGCUCUUGGUUGUCACCCGCCGUAAGCUUGACACUGUUCAUGGCUUCUCAAAGAUUGCAUCUUUUGGUGAUCUUGGUUUUGUUGUGUGUGGUUCAAUUGGUCGUUUCGCUGUUGAUGCCAUGAUUGUCCUUGCACAAGCUGGGUUUUGUGUUAGUUACCUUAUUUUUAUUGCUAAUACUUUGGCUCAUUUAUAUAACAAAUCAUAUAAUGAUGAUACUAGUGCUGGUAAAAUUCUAGGUUUUCUGACUCCAAAAGAUUUAUAUAUAUGGAGUUGUUUUCCUUUUCAAUUGGGGCUAAAUUCAAUUCCAACAUUGACCCAUUUGGCUCCUUUGAGUAUUUUCGCUGAUGUGGUUGAUCUUGGGGCCAUGGGGGUGGUGAUGGUGGAUGAUGUCAUGAUUUUCCUCAACAAAAUGCCUGCCUUAAAGGCUUUUGGUGAUUUUUCUGCGUUUGCUUAUGGUAUUGGUGUGGCAGUUUAUGCCUUUGAAGGCGUUGGCAUGAUAUUGCCACUAGAAAUUGAGACUAGAAAGAAAGAUAAAUUUGGGGAGAUAGUGGCCAUGUGCAUGGCUUUCAUUUCGUUGUUAUAUGGAGCAUUUGGUGCCUUAGGUUACUUUGCUUUUGGUGAAGACACCAAAGGUAUAAUCACUACUAAUCUUGGGCCAGGACUAGUGAGCACUCUGGUGCAGCUGGGACUCUGUAUCAAUCUGUUCUUCACUUUUCCACUGAUGAUGAACCCUGUUUACGAGGUGUUCGAGAGGCGGUUUUGUGAUUACAGAUACUGCUUGUGGCUGAGAUGGUUGAUUGUAUUGGGAGUGAGCCUGGUGGCUGUACUGGUGCCUAAUUUUGCAGACUUUAUAUCACUGGUGGGGAGUAGUGUGUGCUGUGUGCUGGGAUUUGUGUUGCCUGCUUUGUUCCAUUGGCUGGUGUUUAAGGAAGAAUUGGGGUGGUUUGGCAUUGCUUUGGAUGCUAGUAUUGUGGCUUUUGGAGUGAUCAUUGCAAUCUCAGGAACAUACUCUUCACUAAUGGAGAUUUUUGCAUCAAAAGCUUUAGAGUUGAGUUGAAGAAAUGAACCACUCUUGUUAACAUUUGAUUAAAUUCUUUGUUAGUCUGUUGAAUGUGAAAUAUCAGAAUGUGUAUCCCCAUAAUCAACCAGUUGCAGGUGAUCUACUUUACCUGAAAUGUUAUGAAUGUUUCAAAUUUCCGAAGUUCUAUUAUAUAUAUUCUUGUAUUAAUAAAUUUAUGUAUAUUCAUUUUAAGUAUUUAAAUAAAUACAUAUUUUAUAUA